UGCACUAGAUCUGGUGAGAGUACAGUAGUAGUACCAUUUCUUCACCGGACUAGGGAACUGCGGGAGAGACACGGGAAUACGCAUCUUCAUUAUUUUUCCUACCAUCAAUCCCGGGCAAUGACAUAUUCACACUGAAAGGAAAAGACUAGGACUAUAAUCUAAAAUGACGGUGGAUUUUGAAGAGUGUAUCAAGGAUUCACCCAGAUUCAGGGCGAACAUCGAUGAAGUGGAGACGGAGGUGGUGGAAAUCGAAGCUAAGCUAGACAAGUUGGUGAAGUUAUGCAGUGGGAUGAUCGAGGCUGGUAAGGCCUACAUCAGCGCCAACAAGCUGUUUGUCAGCGGGAUACGCGACCUGUCCCAGCAAUGCAAGAAGGAGGAGAUGAUUUCGGAGUGCCUGGAAAAGUGCGGAGAAAGCCUCCAGGAAAUAGUCAACUACCACAUGAUUCUGUUUGACCAAGCCCAGAGGUCCGUGAAGCAGCAGCUGCACAACUUUGUUAAAGAAGACGUGCGUAAGUUCAAGGAGACGAAGAAGCAGUUUGAUAAAGUGCGCGAGGACAUGGAGAUCGCCCAGGUGAAGAACGCCCAGGCGCCCCGGAACAAGCCCCACGAGGUGGAGGAGGCCACCGGCACCCUCAGCAUCACCCGCAAGUGCUUCCGACACCUGGCCCUGGACUACGUGCUGCAGAUCAAUGUGCUUCAGGCGAAGAAGAAGUUUGAGAUCUUAGACGCAAUGCUGUCCUUCAUGCAUGCGCAGUACACGCUGUUUCAGCAGGGCUAUAACCUGCUGGAGGAGAUCGAUCCCUACAUGAAGAAGCUGGCAGCAGAGCUGGAUCAGUUGGUGAUAGACUCUGCUAUGGAGAAGAGGGACAUGGAACACAAGCAUGCCACCAUUCAGCAGAGGACCCUCCUGCAGGACUUCUCCUACGACGAGACGAAGGCAGACUUCAAUGUGGACGCCCCCAACGGCGUGGUGAUGGAGGGGUACCUAUUCAAGAGAGCCAGCAACGCCUUCAAGACGUGGAACAGGCGGUGGUUCUCCAUACAGAACAGCCAGCUGGUGUAUCAGAAGAAGCUGAAGGACUCCCUGACGGUGGUGGUGGAGGACCUGCGGCUCUGCUCAGUCAAGCCCUGCGAAGACAUUGAGAGGAGGUUCUGCUUCGAGGUCGUGUCUCCCACCAAGAGCUGCAUGCUGCAGGCCGAGUCGGAGAAGCUGCGGCUGGCCUGGAUCCAGGCCGUGCAGGCCAGCAUCGCCUCCGCCUACAGAGAGAGCCCCGACUGCUACAGCAUCCAGCGUCUGGAUCGGACGGCUUCUCCGUCCACCAGCAGCAUCGACUCGGCCAGCGAGCCGCGGGAGCGGAGUGCGCGGGGGGAGAGCCACCUGCAGCGCAUCCAGAACAUUCCGGGAAACGAUCAGUGCUGCGACUGCGGCCAGGCCGACCCGCGCUGGGCCAGCAUCAACCUGGGCAUCCUGCUGUGCAUCGAGUGCUCCGGCAUACACAGGAGUUUGGGGGUUCACUGCUCCAAGGUGCGCUCUCUCACGCUGGACUCAUGGGAACCGGAGUUACUGAAGUUGAUGUGUGAGCUCGGAAACAGCAUCAUCAACCAUAUCUAUGAGGGAACCUGCGAGGAACUGGGUCUGAAGAAGCCGGGGCCCUCCAGCUCAAGGCAGGAGAAGGAGGCGUGGAUCAAGGCCAAGUACGUGGAGAAGCGCUUCCUGAAGAAGAUGGGGCGGGGCGGCGAGGCGCUGGCCAACGGCGAGCGCAAGCCCGGCCGCUGGAGCGUCAAGAAGUGCCGGCGGCACAACAGCUCCGGCAGGGCGCCCAAAUCCCGCCGCAAGCACCGGCAGGAGCCCGGCAGCGCCUCCCCCGGCAACCUCUCCACGGCUGCUGCCCUGGAGAGGAAGUUCCGCCGGGAUUCGCUCUUCUGUCCCGACGAGCUGGACACCCUCUUCUCCUACUUUGACACAGGCUCUGGGCCCCGCAGCCCUGCAGGUCUGAGCAGCGACAGCGGACUCGGCGGCAGCACCGACGGCAGCACAGACAUCCUGGUGUUCGGUUCGGUGGUGGACAGCGUCACAGAGGAAGAGUGCGAGGUCUCGGAGGAGUCCAGCGAGGAGGCGGAGCUGGAGGCCGAGGCGUGGGAGCAGGACGAUGCGCGGGAGCUCCACCCGGGGGCGCUGCUGUACAAGGCGUCCCGGGCCAGGAACCUGCCCGUCAUGGCCGAGGCGCUGGCGCACGGGGCCGACGUCAACGCCGCCAGCCAGGAGGACGAGAGCAAGACCCCGCUCAUCCAGGCUGUGAUAGGGGGCUCUUUGAUAGCCUGUGAGUUCCUUCUUCAGAACGGUGCGGAUGUCAACCAGAGAGACACGCGGGGGAGAGGGCCGCUGCACCACGCCACGUAUCUGGGGCACACGGGGCAGGUGUGUCUGUUCCUCAAGCGGGGCGCCACGCAGAACGACGGGGACGACGACGGACAGGACCCCCUGAGCAUCGCCGUGCAGGCCGCCAACGCCGACAUCGUCACCCUGUUGCGGCUGGCCCGGAUGAACGAGGAGAUGCGGGAGUCUGAAGGCCCGUUCGGACAGACAGGUGACACAACUUAUCUGGACAUCUUUCGGGAGUUUUCGCACAUGGCGUCCCACAACCCUGAGAAGCUGAAACGAAGGAGCGUGCAUUUCCGCCACUCCUUCAGGUAGCCUCCUGCUAACCAGGGUCCCGCCCCCUCUGUGCUGAAGGAGCCCUGCCCCCAGCACUUUAGGAGCCACACCCCCCGUGCUGGAGGAGCCCACCCCCUCUCUGCUGAAGAAGCCCCGUCCCCUCUGCUGGAGGAGCCCCGCCCCGCCCCCCUGUGCUGAAGGAGCCCCAUCCCCAGAACUUUAGGUGCUCCACCCCCCUGUGCUGAAGCCCCACCUCUUGCUCUGGAGGAGCCCUUCCCCCUGCACUUUAGGAGCCCCCCCUCCCCCGUGCUGGAGGAGAACUGCCCCCCUCUGCUGGAGGAGCCAUGCUCCUAAUCACAGAGUAUCCCUCUUUGUCCAUUACACCUGAAAUUCCCCGGUCCUGUCCAGUCCAGUGCAGCACCCCAAGGGCUGAAGAAGGGCACAUUUUGGAGAGAGUGAGAUCCACAUCGCCUCUCCUGUCCAGUGAAGUCCCAGCUCAUCACACACUGUGAUGUCAUUUCUGCACUUACUCUGAUAUCUACACUGCCACAUUUUAGGCUACCCAAUUCCUAGGACAUGUGCUGAGUGAACUCCAGGUAUUCCAACAUCCCAUACAUCAUGUGGUAUCAUAAAAUUUAGCUAUAUCUAAAUUAGCAAUAUUAUACACAACAAAUGACAUGCUGAAUUCAUUAAUUUCACAUUUUUAUAAGUGCAUAUACAUAAACUUACAUGAGCCUGUCUCAUGGAUGCAAGUACAAUUUUGAACUGACUGACUGAGCCUAUAAGGUAUAAUUUCUGUGAAAUACGUCCAAACCUGUGUUUGAUUUCAUAGCCAUAUUUAUUUUAAUAUGGGAUUUGCACUUAUCUCUUCUCCCUCCUUGUAUCAGAAAUCCAUCCAGUUCAAACAACACUUACAGUACAUGUAUUUUUGAGGUUCUUAACCUCUCCCUCCCUGCAUAUAGAGUAGGUUUGGGAUCAUUUGGCUUCCUUCAUGUAGUUUAGUUUAUCAUGACAGACAGUCUCAUCCUGAACAGGCUGUAUUAGUGUUAUAGGGACCAUAUGACAUUUAUACCAUUAUUAACAAACACAUACAUAAUGAUCACUGUCCUCUAUAACAGGGAUCCUCUGACUCAGUUCUGGACCACAAUUUCAAACCCUAAAUCAUAAUAAGCUGUUAAUUGCUGUUAAUUAUAUGUCUUUAGUGAUUUAUAAGAGGCAUAGGCUUAUUAUAUAAAAUAUCACAUUUUGUGGAGAGCAUGACAGGUAAAAUCUCUCCUUGAUUACAUUUUUUAAACAAACAUUCUUUCCAAUGUUUGCCUAUAGUAUUUUAAGUGCAAGUUUUGUGGGGAAAUGCAGGUCUAUUCCUCUUACCUUGCGCCGAUUUAUUUAUUUUUUUUGCCACUUUUUUGUUUCAGAAGGUUUUGGCCCCACAAAAAUCUAACCCUCUCCAGCUAGCUCAUAAUCUGGUUUGGUGUCCCCUGAACAGGAAAAAUGUCAAAGUUCAAAUCAGAUCAUAAUAACCACUGUGUAGAUUCUAUAUAUGCCUUUAAAAGGCUGCACGUGAUCUUAGCCUCUCACAGGAGUCUUUUUGAAGGGACAGCAAACAGCAUGCGCAGCAUUGCACUAAUGAAGAAAUGCAGUACAGUGAAGGUCUUCCAUUCAUGCUCAGCAGUUUCAUGUUGCAGUCUGUGGUUUUAGUUUAUCUGUGUCUUAAAUGUAUGUUGCCACUUACCCUAUUGUCCUCAUGUGCCUGCAGUCUGUGGCCUUACAGCUCAACGGUCAGUGAUUCAUGCUGUCAGUCCAAGACCAAGUUGACUAACUGGGGUCGUGGUUGUUCCAGUAAUACCAGCUAUGGCCCCAUUUCCUUUCUUUAAAACUCAACUUCUGAUUCUAUCUUAUGUAGUACGUUGAAAAUUUCUUGAGUUCUUUUUCAAUUUCUUCAUUUAGACUGUCUUGUUUAACAGACACCACACAGUACUGUCCACACACCACACAGUACAGUCAGUGAUUUUGGUGAUAGAAACAGCCACUCUGUGGUUACAACUUAAACUAUACAUUUCUAUACACAGAGAACACGUAGUCAAUCAAGUUUCCUUUAUUUCUUUAUAAUUUUCAAACAUAAGGACAGCAUAGGAGGUCAUUAAUUUGCAUGUAUUUGUUGAUCUUUUUUACAUUAAAUUGUACAUGAAAAACAUUAUUUUAUCCGAUGACUAUGCUGGUGUAGUCUUAAUGUUUCCUGUAACGUCAGUGUAAAGAUGUGCUAAAAUUAUCUAUAUUAUAAAGCGAAAUAAUGUACAUAAACAUUUUAGGUGCAAAAUGCUAAUAUAUCUGAAAAGGAUGGUGUUUUGUAAUAUAAAUGUUGAGGCCAUUGAAUAAGCCUUUAUGGAAUGAAAAUAAAGAAUGGUUUUAAUGAGAA